ACAUAUAUAUAACGGCAAAUACAGAAUUGUGGCAAAAAGAAAAAACUCUUUUUUGAAAGGCAAACGAAAAACUAAUAGCGUGCAGUAAGAAAAACUAUGGAGUGCCUCGAAAAAAAAAACACUAAGGAGCGCGAAUGUGCCAUUCAAAAGAAAAAGAAAAACUAAGGAGUGUACAGUUUUUAAGCUCCCCUUCCCCAUGGGCCAUGGCCCGUGCCGCGACGCUUUGGCAGUUUGGCAACAUGCAUGCACCAUGCCACCGCCCUGCUUCCUUGGAAACGGGGCGAGCGGUGAGCGCCUCCCGUCGGAGUCCAAAACCGGCGACGCGCUCCCUGUUUUCGCCUCCACCCACCUCCGUUUCUCCGCCGGAUUGCCGCCGGGCCGCGUAGUAUAAAACGCCCUCCCCGCACGCCAACCCGCCUGUCACCAGCGGACAUCCCGAGGUCAGUGCUCUGUAGUAGAGAUGGCGGCGGCGGGCGGGAAGGCGCCGUCGCUGGUGGUGGCGGCGAGCAUGGGCGCGGUGGAGGCGCUCAAGGACCAGGCGGGCCUGUGCCGCUGGGACUACGCGCUGCGCUCGCUCUACCGCCGCGCCGCCGCGCCCCGGAUCCACGCCCUGUCCGCCGCGCUCUCGGAUUCCGCGGCGGCCGAUCUGCCCCGGCCGGCCGCGGGCGCGGGCCGGCCAUCGGCGGCGGACGCCUGCAGGAUGCGCAAGGCCUACCACCUCGUGUGCUGGGGGCCCAACUGACCGGCGUCGACGCCGGCCGGCGCUUCUUGUUCCCCUGUAGCUUCUCUGGCUUGUUUCUCUAGCGGUGUCCUCCUCCCGUGUGUUGCUCCGGCACCCAUCAUCGAUCUAUCCAUCCGUGUGCAUUGGCAGAUGAGAGGGCGAUGUGAUCAAUUGGAUGCUCGUCGUUUGGGUUCAGAAGAUUUAGGAUUGAUUCAAAAAAAAAAUUACUUGUACUUGGGACUUUGACUUGCAUCGUUCUUGCGAAUUCUGAACCGAACAUAGUGCCAAUUCAGAAGGCAACAACCAA